AUGUAAGGUGAAUAUAGAUUCUAUAAUCCUAAAUAUCUUGAAAAGACAGCUUUACUAACUGAAUUUAUAACUUCUUUCAAGUAAAUUUCUAAGGACAAUUCUUAACAAACUCAUGGAGAUCUUAAAUAUAUGAAUUUACUCUAAAGAGUAGCUAACAAUUAAGAUAGUCGUGUAGAUAUUUUAAUGGAAGAUUUAGAAGAAUACUUUAAAUCUGAAAAGGAUAGACCUUUAAUUGAUGCAAUUUAAAGAAACACAUCUCGUUUCGUUGAUAUCCUUUCUAAGGUUUGUGACACUGUUAUGCCAGCUCGUAAUGUUCCUAUGACUUCUGAUGAAGAAAUGGAAAACAUGCAACAAAUUUUAAACGAUUAAAGAAUGAGUAAUAUGGAAGGUGAUUAAAAUAAGGAUGAUAAUGUCAAAAAUAGAUUGAAUCCUCUUUUAAACAGAAAGUUUUAAUUAUUUAUAAUAAGAGGCCCUGAUAGCAAACAAAAGAUCACUCCUAUUAGAAACUUAAAGUCAGAGGAUAUUGGUGGAUUGGUAACAAUAAAAGCAAUAGUUAUUAGAACCAGUGACGUCAAGCCUAUGAUGCAAGUAGCAUGUUAUAUUUGUGAUACUUGUGGUUGUGAAUUAUAUCAAACAGUCUCAUCCAAGACCUUCACUCCUUUACAAGAAUGUAUUUCAAAUACCUGUAAGACCAAUCGUACAAAAGGCAAAGUAGUUAUCAGUCCUUCUUCCAGUGUUUUCUAAGCUUAUUAAGAAAUCAGAGUUCAAGAAACUUCUGAUCAAAUUCCUUAAGGCAAUAUCCCUAGAAGAUUUUUAAUUCUUGCUAAAGGCGCAAAUGUCAAUUAAUGUUCUCCUGGUGAUUUAGUCACUGUUUAGGGUGUUUUCCUCCCUUCUGAGCAUGAUGAUUACCUUUCAAGAAGCAACUUGAUCAUGGAAACUUUUAUUGAAUCCUAUAAAAUUUAAAAAGAAAAGAAGAGCUAUUCAGACAUGCAAAUUGAAGAAGAUAUUUAGAUUAAGAUUUAAGAAAUGAGAGAAGAAAUGACUGAUGAGUAAAUUUAUGAACUACUUGCUAGAUCUAUCGCACCUGAAAUCUAUGGUCUUGAAGAUGUCAAGAAAGCUCUCCUUUUACUCAUGGUUGGUGGUACCUCUUUGGAAACAAAGGACGGCAUGAGAAUCAGAGGUGACAUUAACAUGGCUAUGAUUGGUGAUCCUGGUGUUGCUAAGAGUUAAUUGUUAAAACACAUUGCUAGAGUCUCUCCUAGAGGUAUUUACACUACAGGUAAAGGUUCCAGUGGUGUCGGUCUAACUGCUUCUUUGAUUAAAGAUCCCAUUACUCACGAAAUGUCAUUAGAAGCUGGUGCCCUCGUCCUUGCUGAUAUGGGUGUCUGUUGUAUUGAUGAAUUCGAUAAGAUGAAUGAAAAUGAUAGAACUUCCAUCCAUGAAGUUAUGGAAUAACAAACCGUCUCUAUUGCUAAGGCAGGUAUGGCUACUUCUCUCAACGCCAGAACUUCCAUCCUUGCUGCUGCCAAUCCUUUAUAUGGAAGAUAUAACAAAAAGGUUUCUCCCCAUAAAAACAUCAACCUACCUUAUGCUCUUCUUUCAAGAUUUGAUUUGGUUUUCAUCUUACUUGAUACUGCUUCUGAAGAAAACGAUAGCAGAUUAGCUAAGCACAUUCUAUAAGUACAUAAAACAUUAUAACCUCCUAAAUCAACUGAAGAAACAGUUGACGCAGCUGUGAUUAAAGCUUACAUCAGCUAAGCUAAGUAGUUUUAACCUACUAUCAAUAAAGAACUCCAUGAUUUCUUAACUUCAAGAUAUUUAGAAAAAAGAAAAGCACAAAAUGAUAAAAGCAAAGAUGGUUACAAUUAUACUACUCCAAGAACUUUACUUGGUAUAUUGCGUCUUGCUUAAAGUUUGGCUAAAUUGAGAUUCUCAGAAACUGUCUCAUAAAAAGAUGUAGAUGAAGCCUUGAGAUUAAUAGAAGAAUCUCAAAAAUCUGUAUAAGAAGGCUAAGAUGAUGGCAGUACUUAACAAAAAAUUUAAAAAGACUUCAAAUCUGAAAUCUAUUAAAUUAUCUCUAAACUGUGUCUUAAAUAAAAAGAUUUUAUUAUUUCAGAAUCUGAAGCUCUUAAAUAAGUUUUAGCUAAAGGUUAUACAAACACCUAAUUUGAAAAAACUUUAGAUUACUACAAUUAAAUUGAUCUUUUAAUGGUUAACCAAGAAACUAAAAAAAUUACCUACAUAGUUACCAAGGAAUGA